AAAAUCUCUAGUCUUCGUUUGUGCAUUAUUCUUCCUUCCAGUGCAUCUUCUACUCUGGAUUCUUUCGUUUUUUUCCUUUUGCAAUAUCAUCGCAUCCAGCACAUCAAGCCCUCCUAGAUCACCAUGGGUUCAAUCGCACUCAACCCCUCAAUCGAGCCUCCUCUGAAAGAGUCGUCCUUUGAGCUCCCUGCCGCAUCUUACCCCUUACCGAGCGCUGCCCCGCUUCCUCAAUCCGAUGCUGAGCUCGAUGGGAUUGCAAGGAGUUGUAUCGAUAGCCUCAACUCCAUGCUGGACAUCAAAGAUUAUUCCCAGCUCAUUUCUUUGAUGGCAUCGACAAGCUACUGGCGCGACCAUCUCUGCCUCUCAAACACCAAAUUCAGCACUCUAUCCGGCGCGAAAGAGAUCAUCUCAUUCAUCAAGAAACCUGGCAAACAAUGCAACAUCAAAAGUUUCGCUUUGGGUGACAAGAAACCUGGAAUCGCCAACGUUGAUCCGAUAGGAAAGAUCAAAUGCAUCUUGGUCCAUAUUACGUUGCAGAACAAGAUUGGGAACGGGAGAGGGAUUAUGCGGCUCAUCCAAGAUGUCGAGAAUGGUGACGAAUGGAGGAUUUAUACAAUGUUUACAACCUUGAGGGACUUGACAGAUACCCCAUUUCUGACGGGAAGCAAGAGGCCUUUUCAUGUGGCGCCGGAAGCUGCGGGAAAUUUGAGCUGGGGAGAGUAUCACGGACGGAAGAAGAAUUUUAUCGAUCAAGAGCCAACUGUACUGAUAGUUGGAGCCGGGCACAGCGGCUUGAUGACAGCUGCUAGACUCAGCAUGCUUGCCGUGCCCACACUGGUAAUUGACAAACAGAUGAGAAGUGGAGAUGCUUGGAGGCUGCGAUACGAUGACUUGGUCUUGCAUGACUCUUGCUACUCCAAUGCCAUACCCUACUUCCCGUAUCCUCCAACUUGGCCUGUCCUGGCGCCGAAAGAUAAAGUUGCAGAUUUUCUGGAGUGCUAUGAAGCUGCCCUGGAUUUGAAUGUGUGGAACGAAACUCAUAUCAUCUCAUCGAAAUGGGAAGCAGACAAGAAGUGCUGGCUUGUCGAAGUAGAAAGAUGCCAAGACGGCAAGAAAACAAGACGAACUCUUCAUCCACGGCACAUCGUUCAAGCAACCGGUCUGAACGGCGAACCCCGCAUCCCUGAGAUCCCCGGGAUGGAAACGUUCGAGGGCAAAACGAUGCAUUCGAGUGGUUUCAAAGGAGGAUCACCAGAUUACAAGGGCAAGAAAGUCAUCGUCGUCGGUUCCGGGAACUCCGCCCACGACAUCUCCCAAGCAUGCUGCAAAGCCGGGGCUUCAGUGACGAUGAUCCAACGCUCCCCAACCUUCGUCGUAAGCCUCGCACGCGUGCACAAGCUCCUCUCACUUCAAUACAACGAACGCACCCCCGCCGAAGAUGCAGACAUGAUGUCCUUGUCCCUCCCCUCAACGCUCUUCCGCACCAUCGGCGCCGAUGCCCUAUCCCUACUUUCCCACAUGGACGCACCCCUCAUCGCCUCCCUCUCCGCAGUCGGUUUCCGCCCCACGCCUCCAGACCCAUACCUCAAUAUCCUGGUCCUGACCAUCCAGCGCGCCGGCGGGUUUUACGUCAACAUCGGCGCAUCCGAGCUAAUAGCCUCAGGCGCCAUCUCCGUGAAAUCAUCCCCCGAUCUCUCAAUCACACGUAUCAAUCCGCACAGCAUUGUUCUCUCUGAUGAAGAAGAGAUUGGCAAUGUGGAUGAGAUUAUCUUUGCAACGGGAUAUGAAAAUGGCAGGGCGAGGACGAGGAAGGUGUUUGGUGAUGAAGUCGCGGAUGGAAUUGAGAGUAUUUGGGGCUUUGAUGGCAUGGGUGAGAUUCGGGGUGUUUGGAGACGCGGUGGGCGGCCUGGGUUUUGGGUGGCGGCGGGAGCGUUUUGGAUUAGUAGGUAUUAUUCUAGGUUGUUGGCACUUCAGAUAAAGGCUAUUGAGAUGGGCUUGGUGGAGUUAUGAAGUUGAUGGAAAGGCUAGAUGGGAUGGCGUUGAUUUGACUUAAGUCGUCUACAGGUGCUCUCAGUGUUCGAUCCUGCCUGUGGACAUUCAAUAUAACGAGUAGCUAAUAUCUAUAAGGUGAUAUAUUCAAUCUGUGCGCAAUCAGAACUGAUUGUACCAAGGCAUCCUGGGAC